CCAAAAUGGCGAACGUUGCUGCUGCUGUUGCGGCCGCUGCUGCAGCCGCCGCGGCGGCUGGUAGAGACCCAGCUGUCGACCGUUCAUUGCGAUCAGUGUUCGUGGGGAACAUUCCCUAUGAAGCCACCGAAGAACAAUUAAAAGACAUCUUCUCUGAAGUCGGACUUGUUGUUAGCUUCAGGUUAGUAUAUGACAGAGAAACGGGAAAACCAAAGGGUUAUGGCUUCUGUGAAUACCAAGACCAGGAAACCGCGCUAAGCGCCAUGCGGAACCUCAACGGCAGGGAGUUCAGUGGUCGGGCUUUGCGUGUUGACAACGCAGCCAGUGAGAAAAACAAGGAAGAGCUUAAAAGUUUGGGAACUGGAGCACCCAUUAUUGAGUCACCCUAUGGGGAUAGCAUGCCGUCAGAGGAGGCUCCAGAGUCCAUCAGUCGAGCUGUGGCCAGUUUACCACCGGAACAAAUGUUUGAACUCAUGAAACAGAUGAAGCUGUGUGUCCAAAACAGUCCCCAGGAGGCGAGGAACAUGCUGCUUCAGAACCCUCAGCUAGCAUAUGCUCUGCUGCAGGCCCAGGUCGUCAUGCGCAUUGUCGACCCUGAAAUCGCCCUGAAAAUGCUCCACCGCCAAACCACAGUACAGCCGCUCAUCUCAAGCGGUCAGGGAGGGGCUGCAGCGCCAGUUAAUCCAGCACCCGCACAGCCCAACAUGCAACCCCCUCAACAGCAGCCUGUGGCUGGAAUGCAUGUCAAUGGAGCACCUCCCAUGAUGCAGCCUCCCAACAUGGGUGUGGUCCCUGGAGCCAUGCCUGGACCCGGACAAGUGCCGGCCCCGGGACCAGUUGGCCCUCCAGGAAACCUUCAGCAUUCUCCCACAGGAGCAUCUGCACAAGCUGCUAUCGAGCGGCCUCAAGGAGGGGGCGGCAUCCCCCCCAGAGGUCUGCUGGGUGAUGGCCCCAAUGAUCCCAGAGGGGGCAGUCUGCUGUCCGUCACAGGAGAGACCAUUGAGCCCAAUCGAGGCUACAUGGGGGCACCUCCACCCCACCCUGCGGCGCCUGUGCACAUGCCCCAAAUGGGAGGCGGGCCCCCACCAGAUAUGAGAGGGCCUCCAAUGGACAUGAGGGGCCCACUGCCUAUGGGCGAACCCCGAAACAUGAUGGGUGACCCAAGAGGGCCUCCCAUGAUGGAGCAGCGGGGACCUCCGAUGGAAAACAGAGGCCGCGAUCCCAGAGCAAUGGACGCUCGUGGCCCCGUGACAGGCCAGAGGGUUCCCAUGGCGGGAGGAAUGCCGGGCCCCAUUCCUCACAACAUGGGCCCCAAUGUGCCACUCCCUCAGAGACAGGGUCCUGGCCUUUCUGGAGUCCCUCCAUCAGGAGGCGGUGGCUUCAGCCCCGGCCAAAACCAAGUUUCUACACAGGAUCAAGAGAAGGCCGCACUGAUUAUGCAGGUACUGCAGCUGACGCCAGAACAGAUCGCCAUGUUGCCCCCUGAGCAGAGGCAGAGCAUCCUUAUCCUCAAAGAGCAGAUUCAGAAAACAGCAGGGGGUGCACCUUGACGGUCCGACGGAGAAAAGCAUCAGUCUGCCCUCCACCUGAAGAUCUGUCAUUAGUUUGGAUGAUGUCCAGAUUUUUUGUUCAUUUUUUCUUUUUUUUUUUUAAUAUCAAAACAUCUUUGUGGAUUCGUCCACAUCAGGUUUCCUUCCCUCCUCCCCACAUGUGAUAUCCUCCCUCCAUUUCAUCAAUAAAACAAAACACAAAAAUCAUAAAACACGAGCAUUUAUAUUCAUUUAUUCAAAAAGAGUUUACAUU